ACCCUCGAACAUGGCCGGAAUUCGAUUAGCUCCGGAAGACUCCGACGUCUCGCACGCUCGAGCUCUGACCACCGCCGACCUAAUCUCCGACGACGACCGCUCCGUGGCGGCGGAUUCAUGGUCCAUUAAGAGCGACUACGGCAGCACUUUGGACGACGAGCAGCGACACGCUGACGCCGCCGAAGCUCUCUCCGCUGUCCCCCACCGGGCUGCCUCCGAUUACAGUUCUGACAAGGAGGAGCCAGAUGCUGAAGCAGUUACAUCAAUGUUGGGUUUCCAGAAUUAUUGGGAUUCAACAUAUGCCAAUGAAUUGGCAAAUUAUCGUGAGCAUGGCCAUGCUGGUGAAGUUUGGUUUGGGGCUGAUGUCAUGGAGACUGUUGCUUCUUGGACCAAAAGCUUGUGUACUGACAAUUCUCAAGGCCAUCUGGUGAAUCAUGUUGGCAAUGAAAAAUGUGGGCUUGUUGGGGAGAGUGAUAAAGAUUUUUCCACUUGGAGUGUACUUGACAUCGGCACUGGCAAUGGUCUUUUUUUACAGGAGCUUGCAAAGCAGGGGUUCUCUGAUCUCACUGGAACUGAUUACAGUGAAGGAGCAAUUGACCUAGCUCGAAGCCUUUCUGAUCGUGGCGGAUUCACCUACAUUAAGUUUUUGGUUGAUGACGUUCUAGAAACAAAGUUAGAAAGGAAGUACCAACUUGUCAUGGAUAAAGGGACUCUAGAUGCCAUUGGUCUGCAUCCUGAUGGUCCGAUCAAAAGGAUCAUGUAUUGGGAUUCAGUCUCAAGGUUGGUAGCAUCUGGUGGAAUAUUGGUGAUUACAUCGUGUAAUAGUACGAAAGAUGAAUUGGUGCAAGAAGUGAAUUAUUACAACCGCAGAAGAAUUGGUGCCUCCCAAGAAGCUGGAACUCGGGAGGACCAAACAACCAAUGGAGAUUCUCCUCCGUUCCGCUACCUCGAUCACGUCCGUUCGUACCCAACAUUCAUGUUUGGAGGAUCCGUAGGAUCACGUGUUGCUACCGUUGCAUUUCUGAGGAACUGAAAUAACUUUCCAUUGUGGUAGUUCUUUUAGGUCAUUUCAGUGGAUGGUUUGAGUUUUUAUCUCUGCCCCUAGGUGUGGUCAAUCAAGUUGAAAAUACUGACAACAGAAAAUGGUUUACCGAUGCAUGUGGGGAAGGUGCGAAUUCUAAUUUACUGGUUAUAGUUUGCUGCGGCCUGCGAGGGCUAACUGUUAAUGAACGAAAGACUGCUGGAUGGCAAUUUCUCUCUUUGUAAAGCUGACCUUUAUUUAGGACUUGAUUUCCUUGCCCCAAA